UAAUAAUACCCAAACCAUUUCUCCUCUCCCCCACAACUCUCCCCAAAACCUUCAACAAAAAAUCAACCAUGGGUUGUGUGUCAUCACAUCUACUCAACCAAGAUGAUGAUUUCACCCAAAUCAGCCACCACAUUGUAUCACUCACCUCAUCCACUUAUGGUCUCUUGACCCUUGACCCAUCAUCCUCCCCCACCACCCUACCCCCCACCCCCUCAACCCGGUUCACUCUAGGCUCAUACCUCCACACCCCACUCACCGAACCCACAACCGAACCACCACCAGAAGUCAUUGACUCCUUGGAGCUCAUGGCUGGUCUUGACUCCACCCCUGAACCAUCCCUUAUGGUUCUUGAAAAUGCCCACAAAUUUCAAGAAAAUGCACACCCUGAUCAUAAAAAUCGGAUCUUGAGCAAACCCGGGUCUUGUAAACCGGUUUUCUUAAAUGGGUUUCAAGAAAAUGCAAACCCUGAUCAUAAAAAUCCGAUCUUGAUCAAACCCGGGUCUUGUAAACCGGUUUUCUUAGAUGGGUUUCAAGAAAAUGAGUACCCUGAUCAUAAAAAUCGGAUCUUUAACAAACCCGGGUCUUAUAAACCGGUUUUCUCAGAUGGGUUUCAAGAAAAUGGGAAACCUGAUCAUAAAAAUCGUAACUUAAUCAAACCCGGGUCUUGUAAACCGGUUUUCUUGAAUGGGUUUCAAGAAAAUGGGAACCCGGAUUAUAAAAAUCGGAUCUUGAUCAAACCCGGGUGUUAUAAACAGGUUUUCUUGGAUGGGUUUGAAGAAUUAUGUCCACCCAAGGGGGAGAACAGAGUGGUGAUCUAUACGACGACGUUGAGAGGUGUUAGGAAGACGUUUGAGGCGUGUAAUGCGGUUAGGGCGGUUCUUGAAGGGUUUGGGGUGGCAUUUUGCGAGCGAGAUAUAUCGAUGGACCGCGGUUUUAAACAAGAGCUUUGGGAGCUAAUGAAGGGGAAAGAUAAGUGUGAAUUGGUCCCACCUAGGGUGUUUGUGAAGGGGAAAUAUGUGGGUGGGUCAGAUGAGGUUUUGAGGAUAGUUGAAGAGGGGUGUUUGGGUAAGUUGCUUGAAUGUUUGCCUAAAGCAAAAGUUGGUUAUGUGUGUGAGGUUUGUGGUGGUGCAAGGUUCUUGCCAUGUGUUGUUUGUAAUGGAAGUUGUAAAGUGGUGGUGGUUUUGAAGAAAGGAAUUGAUGGAAAGCAAUUGGGGAAGAGUGUGACUGUGAAAUGUAGUGAUUGUAAUGAGAAUGGACUUGUUUGUUGUCCCAUUUGUAGUUGAUGUUGUAUCUAGUUUGUUUUUAGGAUGAUGAUCUAUAAAUAAAAUUAUUCAAAAGAGAACCUUUGUAGGAUGAAAA